AUGGCAACCCCCACCGAAACGACGCACUAUGCGUCGAACCUUGACGAGAAGCCGCACCCCGUUACGGUCGACACGGUCUACGAGUCCGAGAAGAAGGAAUUUGAAGAAAUUCACCAACCGGUUGUGAAGCACGAGUACGGCACGCACGUCGACCUGCCAGAAGGCCUCCCUGAAGAGGGCAAUGCCUUGACGGUUCGCGCUCUCGUCGUCGGUGUGAUUUUGGGCUCGAUCGUCGCUGCUUCCAACAUCUACCUGGGUUUGAAGACCGGUUUCACAUUCGGUGCCUCUCUCUUCGGUGCUAUUGGUGGUUGGUUCAUUCUCCAAAUCAUAACCACGAUCACCGGUGGCUACUUCGGUAUCAAAGAGAACUGCACAGUGCAAACCGCCGCCACCGCCGCCGGAGGUCUCAGCACCUUGUUCGUCGCCGCGCUCCCUGCCAUGUACGCGUUGGAUUUGCUCGGCGCCAGCCCUCGUGAAGAUGCUGGCAAAAUCAUCGCCCUCACCUUCAUCACCGCCUACUACGGGCUGUUCUUCGCCAUCCCGUUCCGCAAGUACUUCAUCCUCAAGAUGAAGCUCGUCUUCCCCACCCCGUUCGCUUCCGCCGCCACUAUCGCAUCCCUGCACUCUGUGCACGGUGCCGCCGUCGGCCGUAAGAAGGCCCUGAUCAUGUUCGGCUCUAUGGGUGGCGCUUUCCUCUGGAAGAUCAUCGGUUCUUGGAUGCCCGGAAUCUACAGCUGGUACGUCAUGUACUGGUUCUCCACGGCUGGAUGUGAGGCGUGCUUCACAGCGAACUUGUGGACUUGGAGGAUUGAGUGGACCCCCGCCUUCUUGGGCGCCGGCAUGUUGUCCGGUGUGCACGCCUCUGUGUCCUUCUGGAUAGGAACUCUUACCGCUUGGGGCAUCGUUGGCCCCAUCCUUGUCGCCAAAGGCGUUGUGAAGGCGUCCUCUUUCACCGGUAUGCCCAAGCCUGGCCAAACCCUCACCGCCCCCACCGCGCGCUACUGGCUGCUCUGGCCCGGUAUUAUGAUCAUGAUUGCCGCUUCCUUCACCGAGCUCUUCUGGAACUGGCGAUCGAUCUGGGCCGGAGUCAAGGGUAUCUUCGUCAAGAGCGAUGGAACCGAAGAGGAUAUUGUCGACCCCGCCCCUGCCCACGAACAAGUUCCCAUGUGGAUGUGGGCCUCCGGGAUCGUCGCUUCGUCCAUUUUGACCAUCACCAUAUGCUCCACCAUGUUCGGUGUCGGUGUUGGCGAGUCGAUCCUGGCCAUCAUCCUCGGUUUCAUCUUUGCUUUCAUCGGUAUCCAAGCCGCCGGAACCACCGACAUUAACCCCGUCGGAGCUAUUGCCAAGACCGCCCAGUUCGUUUUUGGUGGUAUGUCUCGCGCCCAAGGCAAGACCGUCCAGCCCGCUCUCAACAACGCUAUGAUGCAGAACUUGGUCGCCGGUUCCAUCGCUGCCGGUUCCGCCUCCCAAGCCACCGACAUGGUCGGAGAUCUCAAGACCGGCCACUUGCUCCGCGCCUCUCCCCGCACCCAGUUCUACGCCCAGGCGAUCGGAACCUUCUUCGCUGUGUUCAUCUCCGUCGGUCUCUACAUCUUCUACGUUGAUGCUUACCCAUGCAUCAACCAGGCUCUUGCGGACGUCGAGUGCGAAUUCGACCUGGCGUCUGCGACCGCAUGGGCCGUGACCACCACCGCUCUGACAAGUCCAGAUGCUGGAAUCCCGGGUUCCUCUGGAAUCGCUGCAAUCAUCCUUGGUCUCCUGACUGUUGCCCUUAUCGUCGCCCGCAAGACCCUGCCUCCCAAGAUCUCCUGGAUCAUCCCCAACAUGUCCGCCCUCGGAGUCGCCUGGGUCGUCCAAGACACGUCGUACGCCAACGCCAUGUUGAUCGGGUCCAUGAUCCUCUUGGUGUGGGAGCGCCGCAACCCGGAGUCGUGGAACGUCUGGGGCUUUGCGCUGGCGAGUGGUUUGAUUGCCGGAGAGGGUCUGGCUGGUCUCGCAUUGGCCGCCAUCAAGAUUGCCAAGUAUAAGUUUGACGAACACGGUACCGCUGUCGGUUGCCCCUCGGACGAGUUCGGUGGUGAAUCCGUUUUCUGUGGAUAG